AUGAUUCCUCGCAGAUUCUUGCACCUCUCUUUUGAAGAUAUCCUCUCUACCCCGUCCAACAUUUCAAAAUACGUUACGAAGCCGCCACCGUUACCGCCGUACUCGCGGCCUUCACUCUCUUCCAGAGCUGCCCUGCUCCAGUAUGUUCUCGAGAUCAUCGUCGAGGAGAUCGACAAGCGGGACGUCAUCGGCGACGGCGAGGACAACUUCGCCGUCGAAGCCAAGGUGCAGUUCAACAACGAGCUGUACAAUCGCGGAAAAUACUGCAUGGACGUUUCCAAAGGCGUCCCCGAGAACGUCGUCGAGAAGUGCUGCAAUGCGCUGAGGGGCGCGCACAUUAAAGUUACCGGAAAGACCCCCAAGUCCGGGCUGGAGGGAGAGGGAGAAGUAUCUGCUGCUCCCUGGUUCGACGGCGUUGGAUCUGUCCCGUUCGCUUGCGGCGACGAUUGUCUCCAGUACGCGGACCUGACCCACGACGAGUACACGCAGAUGCGCAAGGCGUUCUUGAACAAGGCGUAUAAAUAA